UCCUAAGGAGCCGCAGGGAGCAGCGCAGAGCGGCGGUCCUGAGCUGUCCUCCAGUGGCUUCUUUCAGUCCAUUGUCAUCAGACACUGAAAUAGCGUGGCCAUUGCGAGGUCAUUCUCCGGGUCCAAGGUCCGGGCACAGCGGCAGCGACGCGCUCCUGAAACCGCUGUUUCCACUGUUUCUGCACAGAAACACCUGUGGAGAGACUGACAACUCUUUCCAGUGAUAAAUCCUAGGCGCACCGUCAGCCUCCUGGGAGACCUUUACCUCGUAUGCCAGGGAUUCAACUUGAAUCAUCUCAACCAUCAGUGGCCACCGCCGCUCUAGCUGAUAAACCAAGAAUGCGACUUCGGGUCCUGGUGAUUGUAACAGUCCUUACACAUUUCACAACAGCUUCAAUUUGGAGAUCAUCCGUGGGUAUGGAAAAUGAGGCUCUAAUUGUGAGAUGUCCUAGACAAGGAAGAUCUCGAUACCCUGUGGAUUGGUAUUACUCAGAAACCAACCAAAGUGUCACCACCCAGAAAGGAAACCGUGUAUUCGCUGCAGGGGAACGUCUUAAGCUUCUCCCAGCCAAAGCUGAGGACUCUGGAGUUUACACUUGCAUUCUCAGAAGUUCUACCUUCAAUAAGACUGGACAUGUGAAUGUCACCAUAUAUAAAAAACAACCAGGCUGCAAAAUUCCAGAUGACCUGAUAUAUUCAACAACCUCUGGAUCAGAAAAAAAUUCCAAAAUAUAUUGUCCUACCAUUGACCUCUACAAUUGGACAGCACCUGUUGAGUGGUUUAAGAAUUGUAAACUUCUUCAAGGAUCAAGGUACUACGUACAAAAGACUUUUUUGCUGAUUGACAAUGCAACUAGCAAGGAUGCGGGUGAUUAUACAUGCAAAUUUAUGCACAAUGAAAACGGAGUCAGUUACACUGUGACAGCAACCAGAUCAUUCGCCUUUCGCGAUGAAAAUGGCUUUUCAUUGUUUCCAGUAAUAAUAGCACCUCCACAAAAUGCAACCCAGGACGUGCAAGUCGGGAAAGCAGUGAACAUCACUUGCUCCGCUUGCUUUGGGAAAGGCUCACAGCUCCUGGCCGCCGUCCUGUGGCAGGUCAAUGGAAUCAACGUGGGGAACUUGGGUGAAGCAAGAAUUUGGGAGGAGCAAGAUCAAAAUCAAAGUUCCAGCAACGCGCUGACCUGUCUGAGCUCCGUUCUGAGAAUAGCAGAUGUGAGAGAAGAGGAUUUGUUGCUGAAGUACCGCUGUCUGGCCCUGAAUUUCCGUGGCUUGAGAAAGCACUCGCUAAGACUCAGGAGGAAAGAGCCAAUUGAUCAUCAGAGCACCUACUACAUGCUUGCUGGAUUUGGCAUAUUGUUAAUGCUAAUUAACAUCAUGAUGAUAAUGCUGAAAGUGUUCUGGAUUGAGGUUAUUCUUUUCUGGAGGGACAUAGCAAGGCCUUACAAAGCUAGGAACGAUGGAAAGAUCUAUGAUGCUUAUGUUAUCUAUCCACGGACCCACAAAGAUAGUCCGGAGGGGAACUGCUCUGUGGGGUACUUUGUUCACCAGAUUCUGCCUGAUGUUCUUGAAAAUAAAUGUGGCUAUAACUUAUGCAUUUAUGGGCGAGAUCUGCUACCUGGAGAAGACGUGGCCACGGCGGUGGAGACCAACAUCCGACAAAGCCGGCGGCACAUUUUCAUCCUGACGCCGGAGGCGGCGCACAGCGAGGAGCUGGCCUACGAGCAGGAGGUGGCGCUGCACAGCGCCCUGGUCCAGGGCGACUCCAAGGCCAUUCUCAUCGAGGUGCCGGCUCCCGGCGGGCCCGGCGGCCCGCAGCUCGCGGGGCUCCCGGGGUCCCUCCAGCACCUGGUGGAAGUUCAGGGCACCAUCAAGUGGAGGGAGGACCACGUGGCCGACAAGCGGUCCCUGAAUUCCAGGUUCUGGAAGCGCGUGAGGUACCACAUGCCGGUGCCCAGCAAACCUCCGGGCAGGGCCUCCCACUCGGCUCCCGAAUGGCCGCAGCGCUAG